AUGGCCACUCGCAAGAUCUGUCAGCCCAUGGGGGCUGAUCGAUUCCAGAGCAAGGUGGCAGCACCUCGUGAUCAGAAGCUGGUCAGAAUGGCAGGGAAACCUGUAACUAUGACUCCUGCUGCUUUCAUGAAAGAGAAGUCCCUCACUACCAAGCAGAGGCUGGCUGCCACUCAGGAGGUGAAGCUGCCCCAGAUUACCCAGCUUCGAGACAUGAGGGAAGCAUCUCAUCCCAAGUUCUCAAUGGUUGACCUGGAACGAAGCUUGUUCCAGCCUCUCCCGUCGGAGGUUGUAUUUCAGAGCUACGUCCCCCAUGAGGUCUAUGAAAUGCCACUGGUUCUGAGGAAUGUAGACAAGGUUCCUCGGCGUUUGAAGAUUGUCAUGGAGAGCUCACUGUAUUUCAAACUAGACAUCCCCAGUGGUGUGUGCCGUAAGGUAGCACCUGGCAUGACUACUUCUUUUCACAUCCUUUUCACCCCUGAGGAGAACAAGGAUUAUUUCCACCAGCUCACCUGCAUCACGGAACGGGGAAUGUUUAAUGUGCCUAUUCGAGCUAUAGGUGCUCGAGCUGUCCUAGAUUUCCCUGACCGGCUGAACUUCUCCAUCUGUCCAGUCAAGUACAGCACCCAGAUGACUCUGCUAGUUCGCAAUGUUGGUAAUCGGGAGGCCCGCUACUGCAUCAGCACUCAGAGCCCUUUCUCUGUCAAUCCCUCCAUUGGGAACCUUGGAACAGGUGAAGCCACACGAGUAACAGUGGAGUUCCACCCACUGGAAACUGGGGAUCAUUCCGGGUCCCUGGAAGUUCACUAUGACACGGGUGAAGCUAUCCACACAAGCCUUUAUGGAGUGGCUGUAGAUGUAAACAUUGGGCUGGAUAGGAGCUCCUUGACAGUUGAGAAGACUUGCCCUACUCUGUCAAACUGCAGCACUGUGGUCCUCCAUAAUCGGAGUGAAAUCACAGCCCACUUCCAGUGGAAGUCUUCUGCUACUCAGGAAAAGGAAGAUCAGGAGAAGCUGAGGCUGUGCCACAGGCUGCAGAGGUCCAACGAGAACAUGGAACUCUUUGACUGCACGGAGGACCCCAUUCUCCGAGAACACCCUCCUCCUCUCUCUGCCACCUUCAAGAAGGCAAAAGUGCAGAGAGACCCCAUGCUUUUCUCCGAUGAUGUUUUCACCAUUGACCCAGUGGAGGGAGAUGUCUUGCCAAAUUCUUCGAUUGAAAUUAAUGUGAUCUUUAAACCUCGAGAAGCUACAGUCUAUCGAAGAGUGGUCUACUGCGAGGUCUCAGGCCGUGAAACCAGUCUGCCCUUGUGCAUCGAAGGGGAAGGCAUAGAACCCCCGCUCCGUUUAAGCUUUGAGCAGCUGGACAUCGGGAAAGUUCUUAUUGGAUCAACCAACAGCUAUGAGGUGAUCCUGUUUAACAAGGGAGCCGUUGACGCUUCCUUCAGCUUGGUGCAUCCAACUACAGCUCUGGCCUCCUGCUUUACCUUUGACCCCUGGGAGGGCAUCAUUUCACCAGAUGGACUCCAAGUCAUCAAGAUCUCCUUCAGUUCCACUAUCCUGGGGAAGUUCGAGAGAGCAUUCAAGUUCAGAGUGAAGGGAUCCCCUGAGUUUGUGACUUUGACUAUCAGGGGCUGUGUCAUCGGACCAACUUUUCAUUUCAAUGUACCUUCCCUCGACUUCGGUGUUGUCUCCUUUGGCUUUCCUCGGACCCUGUCAUGUUGCCUCAAUAACACCUCCUCAGUACCCAUGACCGUUGACCUUCGCAUUCCUGGGGAUGGCUCGGGAGAGCCCAGUGUCACCAGUUCUGUUCUGAUGUUGGACAACACUCACCCAUCCUGGAGAAGGGAAGAUCAAGGGCACAGAAGACCAACCGAAUUUACCAUAACUCCCUGUAGAGGGACCAUUCUCCCACAAGGAUGCCUGGAUAUCCAGGUCACCCUUUGUUCCAACACCGAGAAGACGUAUGAGCUGGCACUUGUGGUGGACGUGGAGGGUGUUGGCAAGAAUGUGUCAGCAUUGCUCCUCACAGCCAGAUGCAUAGUUCCUGCACUGCGAGUGCUCAACCCUGUUGUGACGUUUGGACAGUGCUUCCUGAAAGUCCCCUAUCAGCAGAUGCUGACUCUUGUGAAUGACAGCGAUGUUCCAGGCUGCUACAGGGUUCUUCCUCAGGACCACAAGGAUGCUGCUGCUGUGCGGUACUCCAGCUCCAUGCCGUGCGGGAUUAUCCAACCUCACAGCUUGGUGGAGGUCCCAUUUACACUGGAAGCCCAGACGAUAGGAGAGCAGGACACUGUUGCUCAUAUUGCGGCAUGUGGGAGUGAAGUAUUCCCACUGGAAAUCCACUUGGUGAGCGUUGGAGAAGGACCAGUUGUCUACGUCCAUCCGAGCAAGAUAAAUUUUGGCAGGAUUCAAGUUCUACAGGAUGUUUCCCAAACUCUCUACCUCUCCAAUCAGACUCUCGCCCCUGCACCCUUCAGGGCAGAGAUGGUUGGCAAAUGCUCACGCUGGAGGAUUGAACCCAGUAACGGAGUGAUUCCCCCCAACACUGAGCUGGCUGUGGCUGUCAUAGCAAACUUGGAUGACACUGAGAUAUUAAAAGACGAAGUGAAGGUGUUCAUAGAAAACAGCCGUAGCUACAUCAUCUCCAUCCAGGCUGUUGGCGCUGGUACCACGAUUGUGACUGACAAACCCAUUACUCCGGAGCUCAGCUUGGGGCCCCAGUUCAGCCUGAUUCCCUUCUGUUACCGCUUCAAGGUAACAAACAAAGGACGACACACCCAUUUGCUCUAUUGGACAAUGGAAGGGUUUUCCACGUUUCGCCAGCGUCACCAUCUCCCUGCCCUUGGUAGCACCAAGGCUGGAAAUUCCUCCCAGAACUCCAAAUCUACCUGCCCCGUCUUUAAGCCUCGACCGCUGAGGAUGGAAUUGAUGCCAGGCAAGAGUAUGGACGUGGUGCUGGAAGGCUUCUCCAGCACUCCAGAGGUGGUGAAAGAGCGGCUGUUGUGUCAUGCUGUCGUGGGGAGCAAGACAGGAAAGGUGCAGAUAAUGCAGGUGGAUGUCACAUGUGAGUUCAUUGCACCUGUUCUGCAAGUGUCCUCCAGAGAAGUCACUUUCCGGGUGGUGAAGGGACCCAGUGACGUCCUGACUCUUCGGCACAAGCCUGUUUCUUUAAAAAGCCUCUCACUCCUGCCACUCAGCAUUGUGUUGGCCUUAGAGCAACCAUUCUUAAUCUGCGAUGCGGAUGAGCAGCCCCUCCCUGCAGAUGUUCAGCACGUGAAGCUGGAGGCAGGGGAGGAACUUCAUCUCUCCGUCAGAUUUAACCCUGCUUACGAAGAGGGUCUGAAUAUCCGGAAGGUAGAGAAGACCCUGAAGAUAAAGUUUCUUGAGCACCCUCAUGAGGAGCAGGUCACGAUUCGGGGAGAAGUCUACUUUCCGAAUCUCCAUAUCCCAACCACAGCCCUGGACUUUGGCUGCAUCUUGAAUGACACUGAAAAUGCACAUUAUAUCGAGAUGACCAAUUGCAGCCCGCUUCCCGUGCGGUACCACUGGGUGUUCCUGACCAACAGCCCAGCAAGCCAAAUGAGGUUCAGCCCUCCCGUGAGUCAAUUUUUCAUCAAACCCCAACCACCAAAGGAGGAGAAAGCCCAGUCAGAAUGCUCAGCAUCUGCAGAGGGCAGCUCCAAGGAAAGGAGUGUGGAUGCAGAUGACUCCUUGGAAGCAGAGGUUUUUCACAUCCUGCCGCUAUACGGUGUGCUGCAGCCGAGUCAGAGCCAGCGGGUCGCGUUCACCUUCUUUGGCCGUGCAAACAUUGUCGCCCACAUCAUGGCACUGUGCAGGGUGGAGGGAGGCCCAACCUACGAGGUUGCACUGAGCGGGGAGGCUUCACUUAUCAACUACCUCCUGGACAUCACAGAGAUUGACUAUGGGCUGCAGCUGUUUAACAAGGUUGCAGAAGCAGAGGUCACCCUGCGGAACAAUGGGAAGGUGGGAUUCACCUACGCGGUGUUAAACCCCAGUGUGGCCACUGCAGACUGCCCACAGCCCCGUGAGCCCAUGGUCCUCCCCAGCACGGGUUACCUUGGACCUGGCAAAGAGCAAGUGCUGAAGGUCUACUACCUGCCAGGAGUGCCUGGAGUCUUCUUCAGGACUUUCCAAGUCCAAGUGGGUUACCUGGAGCCAGAAGAGAUCUCCCUGAAAGGAGAGGGAAACUUUCCCAGGUUCUCCUUGGACCUCCCCAGGAAUAUCAAAGGAAAUGAAAAAUACGAGAAGGUCCUCAAGGAGGCAAAAGAAAAGAUGGAACAAGACAACCAGAGAGACCAAGCAAAUGUUCUGGGAGAGGCUCUGGCUGCGGAGGCACCAACAGACGGCUCAGACACCAUGUUGGAGCCUUGGCUACAGAUGCGGAUGGAGGACUUGCUACUAGAGGAACAUGCCCUGGAGCAGCAGAAAGCUCUGGCCUCCAAUGCCCCAGAGGACAGUGGCUUUGACCAGCAUGCUCACUGGAGGCUUCUUGAAGCUGAGCUGCCUGAGUACAUCUUGGACUUUGGCUACGUCAUUCCUGGUAGCAUCCACACGCACACUGUGACGGUCACCAAUACUGGGCAUUUCCCUGUGUCCUUCCACAUUGGUGGAAGGGUCCUGCGUGGCACAGGUUUCAGUGUGAAGCCAAACCGCAUAGAGGACCUGCCCUGCUGCAAGACUCAGACAUUUGAAGUAUGCUUUGACCUAGGAAGUGCCAACCUGCCUCUGGGAGAAGUGGACAGGCUCCUGCCCAUCAAGGUAGCAGAAGGCCCCACGUUUCACAUCCGCCUCCGUGCCAACGUGACUCUGCCAUCUCUCUGCCUCUCCAAGGACAGCCUGGAGUUCUCCGCUGUCCAGUGUGGGCAGUGCCAGGAAGAAACUGUCCAGUUCCAUAAUCAGCUGGAGGUUCCCUGUACAUGGUUCCUCACCAUCAAUGAGCCUGUUAAGAAGGUGGACAAACAAGUGCGAGGGACUGUGCGUCGGAAGAUGCUCCAGGAGCCAAAUAGCAAGCCCCAUGUUUUCACAGCGCUGCCCUCAGCUGGAGUCCUCUCACCAGGACAGCGAUGCAACGUGCGAAUCAGGUUUUCGCCCACAGAAGAGAAGUCGUACAAAAACAUCCUGAAGAUUAACAUUUCCCAGAGCAGCCAGCAUCUCCAGCUGCUGGUCUCGGGGCAUGGGCUGAAGCCACAGCUGGAGUUCUGCCCCAAAGUGCUUGAGCUGGGACCAUUGCUGCCAGACGGCCAUGGGGUGGAGGGGACAGUGGUGGUGAAGAACCCGUGCAAGUUCCCCAUUGAGUUUUACUCACUGGAGUUUGACAAGGAGUACCUUGCCGAGGAGCAGAUCCUGCGAAUGCUGAAGGAAUACAAUUCCCAAAACACCUUGUUGCUACCUCCACGCGCCCCGGGUGAGAAGCUGCCCGUAGAGGUGCUGGAGUACUAUGAGGACCAGAAGAGGCUGCAAGAUGAGCAGGCAAAGUCCGGGACGGUGGAACCAGCAGGCCAGGCCAACGGAAACUUCGAAGGCACCCAGUCUCUGUCAGAUGAAGGAAGAAAGCCCUCUGCUGGGAUUAUUCACAACAUCUCAUUCCAUAGCUCAAUCACUCCUUCCCUCGUUUUUGGUGAAAACCAGUCCAAUAAGGUGGACUGUAAACCUGAAUGUGGAAAAAAGGAGAGAGUUAUUGAGAAAAGACACAACACAGCAGAGCAUUGGCAAAGCACUGCCAGCAGUGUGGAGGCUGCAGGAGAACAGGAUGACAGCCCUGUCUACAGAGCCAUCGCCCGCCACCUUGGCAUUGAUAUCUCUGCAGAAGGUCGUGCAGCCCAAAAACGCAGAGGAAUUGUCGUCAUUAUCCAUGGGGCACCCCUCACAGGAAAGACCUCAGCAGCGACAGCCCUUUCCAAGUACUAUGGCGCUGCCUGCUUGUCCAUUGACGCCGUGGUGAAAGAAGCCAUGUCAGACAGGAGAAGCUUGGCAGGGCUCCGUGCACGGGAGCUGUGCAUGGCGGCUGCCUUGGAGCAGAGCUACAAGGAGACAGAGAAUGCCGGUAAGGAAAGACGCUGGACCCAGAGCAGUGAAAGUGCAGAUGUCUCCACCCGCCGCAAGUCCACUGUAGGGAGCAAGCGCAGCAUGCAGGUGAGCCAGUCCGGCUUCAAACGGAAAGAGAGCCUGCGGCCAACCAGACCCCGAGUCCAGGGGUCUCAGUCCAUCUUUCCACUUCUCUGCAUUCCUGCACCACGACGGCUGAGCAUCAGUGGAAGCACAGCAGGAGAGACGGGCUUUAUGAGCUGUGUGCUGCCUGAGGACUUGCUGGUGGCCAUCCUCUCUGAAAGGCUGAAGCUGAGUGACUGCUACCAGGGAGUGGUGUUUGACAGCCUCGAGACACUCUUUGCACGCAACAUGGCAUCUGCUCUCCUCUGCCUGCUUAAAGCUGUCGGAAAUCGACCUCAUAUCUAUUUUGUGAACCUGUCCCAGGAUUAUGCUUCUUGGAAAGCCAGGGAGACAGCGAUGAAAGAGCAGAAAGAACGGGAGCAGGAAGAAGCUACCAGGAGGGAGAAAGAACGUCUCUGGAAGGUGAACGAGGAAGAAUAUGACGCCCUCACUGAGGAGGAGAAAACUCAGCUUAAUAACAACAUACGACAAGUUCAACGUGAGAGGAAAAAGAGGGAGAUAGAGCAACUGGCUCAAGAGCUCAAGGAAAAGCAGCAGCAGGAGCUCAAAGGCUUGGAGGAAGAGCUGAGCACAUCCUCUAAGGCGGAGAAGAAGCGACUUGGAAAAGACAAAAAUACUGCUUUGAGGAGUGAAAGCCAGCCUGGAGAGAAGCAGAACAUGAACUCACCCACCAGCAUCGUGUCCCCCGGCAUCCAGCCUAGUGUCAACGAAUGGGUAAAAAAGAAGGGAUCUGUAAAGGAGGACCCAAGCUGUGUUUCAAGUGACAAGGAAGUUACAAAGCAGCGGGGCAAGGUUCCCCUGAUCGCUGCCUGCCCGGCAGUGGGUGUGGAACCUGCAGACCCAGGACUGUGGGAAACUGAAAAUGAGGCCUUGAGUGACAGCGAGAAGAACUUGGCCCUGAGGUUUAAGAUCUACGAGGCAUCGCAGAAGGGCAUUGCACAUAUUUUGUCAUCCUGGGACAGAGCUCAGGGUAUCCUGCUGUCCCCUCUGAGGCACGCAGAAGACCAUCUCAAACAGUUAUACAUCUCCAGGAGCUGGAUGGAUAGAAAAAAGGCAAGGCCAGAGAAGGUGUGCGGAGAGAAAAGGCACCAGGACAAGAAGUGGCUGGGAAAACUGAGGACUCUUAAGGAGUCCAAGUUAUCUGUUCUGAAAGAGGAAAUUAUGGAAGAGUCAUCCAUAGGCCAAGAUGGCAGAGUGCCCUGCGUGGAGAUGCAGGUGCUGAAUACAGAAGAUGUGACUAGGAAGAUCCUAGAGAGUGGCAAGUUGCCAGCUGCAGAGCAGAUCCUGGAUGAACUGGGUCUGGGUCCCUCAGGGCCUCCUGUUCCCGCUACUGCUUUUUACUCUGUGGUCCAUUACCCAGAGAAGCGGAUGGCCCCUGCAGCAGAAGCCGUCAAGCACUUCUUCUUUGUUGCAUCAGAAGAGGCCACUGUGGAAGGCAAAAAGAAGCGUACCUCAAGUCACUCGCGUUUGCUCACAGUGAAGAAGUCAGAGGAGCUGGCCACCCUGACCAGGGGCAGGUUGAAGGAGCAGAAAGCUUUGCACGGCCCGAAGACUUCCAGGAACAGACUGAGCCCCAGCCAGGGCAGGAUCCACUAUCGUGGAUCCACAAGUUCCCUCAAGGUGAAGAAAAGUGGUGUGCACAUGGUCCCAUGCUCAGAGAGACCUGCCAGGUGGAUUGUACCUGCCCAUGGUGAAGUGGAACUGAAGGUCCGCUUCAGCUCCACAGAGCCAGGUCAGUUUGAUCAAAUGCUACAUUUUGAAAUCGUGGGGACAAAGCAUCGGUACCAGGUGCAGCACUGUCCCAACAACUGUGAGAAGAUAACCAUCCUCAAUGUCACAUCCUGGGAAGAAGAAGUACAGUUCUUCUUUGACCAUGAUCGCAAAAUGGAAACAUUUCAUUUAGACCCUUCCAGCAUGAGGCUGAAACCUAAGGAGAAGCAGGAGCUGUGGGUGGAGCUGGAGGUCAGCCCCACAAAGGUGCACUUCAACAGGUGCCACUUUACACCACAGGUCAGUCAUCCUGCGGCUGUUCUUCUGGGCAGCAGCACUGUCAUGACCCUGUCCUGCUGCCGCCCGGACCAGUUCCAGGGCGAGCCCAGCGCUCCCGGCUUCCACCGGCAGUGGCUCUGCCAUGGGCAUCCCGACUGCACCAGUGGUGAGGACGAGCGUGGCUGUGGGAUGGUGACCCCAGCAGAGACCGAGCCCGAGGACAGAUGGGUGACCCCCGAUGAGCCGGGCUUCAAGGACACCCAAGUGACCCCAAGGAGCCGAGCCCUGAGGGCACCCAGGUCACCCUGCUACUUAGCGGGGGCUGUGAUCUGCCCGUCGCAGGUGCAGGUGUGGGGCUGCAGGUGGCUGGCAGGCAUGGCGGGGCAGCGAAAGAGCCCAGCUGUUCUCAGGCAGAUGAACCUCUGCCAGUCGAGGAAACUGCGCUCAGCCACAGCUCGCUUGGGCAGGGAAACACCUUGGGUUCUUCAAUAUGUAGAGCCAGCAAAUGUCCACACCAGUUCCAUCACCCAGUUCCUCCUCUGGCAUUCACAGACACACGGGAGCUGCAGCUCUUUGCACUUCUGGCUCUUCUGGGCUUCUACUGCUGCCCUCUUUGGCAAUGGCCUCAUCAUCACCACCAUUGCCUGUGACCACCAUCUCCACACCCCCAUGUACUUCUUCCUCCUCAACCUCUCCCUCCUUGGUCUGGAUUAUCUUUCAGGCCGUGCUGAGGAUCCCUCUGAGCAGGACGGCACGUGCCUCCCUCACCUGGCCGUGGUCUCCCUGUUUCUCAAUAUUGGCUUUUUUUGGCUACUGAAGUCCCCCUCCAAUUCCUCCCUAUCUCUGAAUAUGGUCAUGUCAUUUCUGUACUCGAUGGUGCCUCAAGCAGUUAACUCUCUCAUCUACAGCUUGGGGAACCAGGAGCUCAAGGAUGCCAUGUAG